UUAUUCCAAAGUCAGUACAAUACAGUAGCGGUGACGUACAGUACACGAGAGUGUCUCAUAUUACAGCUAGGAUUACAAACAUUUACUGAAAUUUCCCUUUUAAAUAGAAACGGUUGAAGCUCGCAACUACAAGGAUCUGAUUUUGUUCGUGAUAGCUGACUUAUUAUACUGGGAAUCCUUUCAACGACUUCAACAGAAUAAAUCACGAGUUCCAUUACAGGAAAAAUAUCUUCACUGAGCCGCUGCAAUUUCGUUUUGAGAGAAAUUUUCUACCAUAUUUUAAAACAUGGGACCGGAGCCCGAACCAGAAACCACGCCCGAGGCCGAGCCAGAGCCGGAGUCGGAGCCCGAACUUUCACCAGGGAUGUCAUCUCAGGAUGGUGUGACUCUCACUGAAAUGAUGGUUCCUCCCUUCGCAUUGAUCGGCUUGUUAUUAUUUGGGAUGAUGAUACUCAUGUUUACAACGUGUUGGAAGAGGAGAGCAAAAAGGCCACAAUUCCGAAGCAAAACUGCUGACAAAGUUGAGGUUAUUCUACUUGGGUCUAUGACCGAAUCUCAAUGCGGCGAGCAAUCAGAGGAAUUUUUAACCUCCGGAGAAAUCAAAUCGAUGGAGGCACUAAGACGACACUACAACAGACCCCUGUCUUUGUUUCUCAUCACCUUGCCAGCCAUCAUCUCUCUAUCUAUCGGCCCAUGUCUACUCCUACUUAGAGCCCCUCUGAUAGCCGCCUUCUGGCCCAAUGGUCUACCCAAUAUCAAUGAUGGUGUGGCCUGCUUCAUGGCACCAGCUGGGCUUGUAUAUGCAGUCACAUUCGGUUUUACUUUUCAAUCCGUAUUGGACAAGCAACGCGGUAUCACAACCACAGUCUCCACCGAAGUAGGAUUCCUCGAUCAGAUUCUCGCAAUGACGUCAAGGAUGACGUCACUGACAACAGAAGAUAGACUCAAAAUCUACAGGUUGGUGAAGACAGAGAUCAUUUCUAUCAUGCAGCAGAUUACUGGUCGACGGGGUGUGAGCUCAAGGACUACCACCAUGACUACUCUGCAGGUCAGAUCUGGGACGUCGUCCAUGUCUUGCAGAAAGAUGACACAGAUAGAGACCACUGUGAUACUACCAUCGUCGAGAAAAUUAUAAGUAAUCUUCAGGAGUUGGCGACCUGUUCAACACAGCGUAACAUGGCCCUGCACUAUACGGUACACCCUCUGCUGUGGACGUUCUUAGAGGUGCUGGGAUUCUUCUCUUACUUCGGUGUCAUGCUUAUUGUGACGGAGUCAAGUCAAAUGGACCUCAUGAUGUGUAUCAUAACAGUAUUCUCAAUUAGUUUGCUUUGUUACGUCAUUGGUGAUCUUGAUCAUCCAUUCAGCGGCUACUUCAGGGUCAAUCUGAGUACAUUGUGGCAUCUGGUUGGCAAAGCCGAGUAUUUCUACCACCAGGAGCAGGGUCAAGAUUCGAAUUGCAUCCAUACACCAAGUACCACAUCCCUCUCCACUGCCACGCCCAGCAAGAAACUUUCACCCUCUACCCCCAGUGCUCGAUCAAGACAGACUUUAUAACAAAAACUGUAGACUUUAUGUCGACCUUUUUUCCGUAGCUAUUAUGUAAAUUAUUCGUUUAAUAGCUUGCUCUAUUCAGUCAACAAUUACCUGUAACUUUUAAAUAUCCCUAGAAGAAUGGCAACGAACUCAAAGCCAAAAUAUUAAAGCUUAUCUGCCAUAGUUUACAGGAGGGAUUAGAGCGCU